AUGUCGCAGGACGAUACCCACGGCGACCCGGAUCAUCUGGGCCCCGACGACGGGGAAAAGAAGAAGAGCAAGAGACCAGCAAACACGGCUUUCCGCCAACAGCGUCUCAAAGCAUGGCAACCUAUACUCACGCCCAAGUCGGUGCUUCCCCUUUUCUUCGUCAUUGGCGCAAUAUUCGCACCGUUAGGAGGCGUCUUGUUCUGGGCUAGCCAACAGGUCCAAGAAAUUGUCAUCGACUAUACGGAUUGUUCAACAAAGGCCCCAACCGGGAUCCCGGAAGCUAUGCCUUCGGGAAAAGUGUCCUCGACCUUUAAAUCCGUGCAGGCCUCGAGUUUCACAUGGAAGCGAAACGAGACAGACUCGAAAACCCUAACGACGCCGUGCUCGCUGUACUUUACGCUCCCGGAGUCGAUCGGCCCCCCCGUGUUCGUCUACUACAAACUAACCAACUUUUACCAAAACCACCGAAAAUAUGUACAGUCCCUGGAUAACGAUCAGUUAAAGGGUGUUGCAGUUAAAAACGAUACCAUCGCUAACAGCAACUGUGAUCCAUUGCGCGUUGAUCCGGUCUCCAAAAAGGCGUAUUACCCAUGUGGAUUGAUCGCAAAUUCGAUAUUCAAUGACACCAUUCACAGCCCUGUGCCGGUCUCCACUUCUGAAAAUUACACCAUGACCAACAAAGGGAUUGCUUGGUCCAGCGAUAAGAAGCUGAUCAAGGCUACUAAAUACAACUAUACGGAGGUGGUCCCGCCACCCAACUGGCGGAGGAAAUAUGGAGACAACUACACAGCAGACACCCUUCCAGACCUCCAUAACGACGAGGCGUUUAUGGUGUGGAUGAGGACUGCUGGCCUCCCAACUUUCAGCAAGUUGUCUCUGAGAAACGACGACGACGUGAUGCCGGCAGGUUCAUACAGGCUGGAUAUCGACGACAGCUUCAAUGUCACCGAAUAUGGCGGCACUAAAUCUAUUUUGAUUUCAACGCGAACAGUCAUGGGCGGGAAGAACCCCUUCAUGGGUAUUGCCUAUGUUGUGGUUGGUGGCAUUUGCGUGAUUAUGGGAGUCUUGUUUGCAGUUGCGCACUUGGUGAGACCGAGAAAACUCGGUGACCACACCUAUCUCACGUGGAACGAGCCUGGUGCUGCUUUAUUAACGACUCGCCAGCAGCAGCAAGGACGCGAGGUAUUUGUUCGUGAUGGAAGCUGUGGCACCGAAACACCGGGCCCGGCGUUGAAGGACGCUCAUAAACGACUUGCUUUUAUGGAUACUCAGCGCGUCGCGACUACGAGUGGAGAAGAUGGGAAACCGAAGAAUAUCGAGGUUGAGACGUAUUUUCAUGUCGUGAGCACAAAGGAUCAGGUCAAUCUGGUCACGAAUGAGAUGAUCGCGUCGCAGUUUGUCUUCCUCAAACGCGCAUACGCCAACACAAGCAUCAGCUAUAGACUCCUAGGCAUCGAUCGAAGUAUCAACGACACCUGGGCCCAGAACGGGGAUGACAGGGAAAUGAAAAGAGCCCUGCGUCGUGGCAAUUAUAGCAGUCUCAACGUCUAUUUCCAGACGGAUCUCAGGCUCACUGAUUCUACUAAUGUGAACUCUCGUGAUGGGACAACAAAAACAACAAAAACAACAACACAUGGACCCAUAGAUACAAGAGAUUCAUCAUCGCCGAAUCUUUUGGGCUUCUGCACGCUUCCCGAUCCGAAUAUCAACGCGUCGAGUCCGGUAGAUGAGUAUAUCGGUGACGGAUGCAAUAUCCUCGCAGCCACGAUGCCGGGCGGCUCGAUUCCUCAUUAUAGCAAGGGAGGUACAACAGUCCAUGAAGUCGGCCAUUGGCACGGUCUUUUGCAUGUUUUCCAAGGUGAUAGCUGCUCGUCUGGUAACGAGGGCGAUUACAUUGCCGAUACUCCACAGCAGUCUAUUUCCACGGAAGGGUGUCCGGCGUCCCAGGACUCGUGUCCGGACUUGCCAGGACUGGAUUCUAUUCAUAAUUUUAUGGAUUAUUCUUCGGAUGACUGUUAUCAGAGCUUUACCAAUGACCAGGGUGGUCGGAUGCGGAAUAUGUGGUCGACUAUGAGAGAGGGGAAGUGA